AUGAAGAUUGAAGGAGCAUCACAUUCCAGUGAACCGGCGGAAAUUUGCUAUGACAGACUCGGCUGCUUCCCAAGUGGAAAUCCAUGGUCUGGGACAAAGGAGAGGCCUGGCAACAAGCUACCCUGGAGCCCUGAAAAGAUCCAUACCCGUUUCCUACUGUACACCAGGCAGAACCAAGACAAUUAUCAGGAACUUAACGGAAUGAAUUCUGACACAGUCACCAUUUCAAACUUCAACUUUGAUCAGAAAACUGUCUUUGUCAUCCAUGGUUACCUGGAAAAUGGAGAUACCAGCUGGGCUGUACAUCUGUGUAAAAUAAUUCUGCAAGUGGACAAUGUAAACUGUAUUAGCGUUGACUGGAGAGGGGGUUCACAAUGUGCAUUCGGACAGGCUGCUCAGAAUGUCCGGGUAGUGGGAGCAGAAAUUGCAUAUUUUCUGGAUGAGCUGAAGGGUAACUACAAUUACACCUUGUCUGAUGUGUACUUGGUGGGACACAGUCUGGGUGCUCACACUGCUGGUGAGGCAGGCAAGCGGAUGCCAGGCAUUGCACGGAUUACUGGACUUGAUCCCGUUGAGCCGUAUUUCCAGAACACUCCACCUGAAGUCCGACUGGAUCCUACUGAUGCAUUAUUUGUUGAUGUGAUUCACACGGAUGGCUCGUCCAAACUCCCCAGUCUUGGAUUCGGGAUGUUUCAGGCUUGUGGACAUGUGGACUUCUACCCAAAUGGUGGUGAGAAUAUGCCGGGCUGCAGCAAGAACAUCCUUUCGACCAUCCUGGACAUUGAUGGGAUCUGGCAAGGUACAAAGAGCUUUAUCUCCUGCAACCAUUUCCGUGCAGUUAAAUAUUUCUCGGAGAGUGUUUUGUCGCCAGGUGGUUUUCUAGCCUUCCCCUGUGGCAAUGAGAAAAAUUUCCAGAAGGCGGAAUGCUUUGCUUGUCCAUCUGAAGGCUGUCCCACCAUGGGAUACAACAUUGGGGCGUACCGACCUGCAGCUGGCCUCCUACACCAGCGAUUCUAUCUUAAAACAGGAGAAUCCAGCCCCUUCGGACUUUGGCGUUAUAAUGUGUCUGUGACACUCUCUGGUUCUCAUUCUGUUUCUGGUACCCUGAAUGUUGCUUUGUAUGGAACCAAGGGGAACACUCGUCAGCAUAAAAUCACCAAAAAGAACCUCCGCCCAGGCAGAACAUAUUGGGCUCUUGUUGAUGCAGAACUGGAUGUGGGCGACCUUACCAAAGUGAAGUUUCUGUGGGACAAUAACAUGAUAAACAUACUCCACCCCCAACUCGGAGCCGAGAGCAUCACCUUGGUGCGAGGGAAGGAUCAUGCCAGUUUCCGUUUUUGUGGGAACGAGGUGGUUAAAGAGGAGACCCUACAAACCCUGACACCCUGUGACAACUAG